AUGUCUCUCCGUCACCAAUAUCACGCCCAAUGCGACCAAAAUACCGCACAUUUCGCGACCACUCGGUCGUCCUCGCGGUGUAGCACGCCGUCGCUGCCCUCACCGCCCUCUCCACUCUUCACGGGCGCUCUCGACCAGGUGUUUGGAGCCCAAAACCCAUACAUUGAUCCUCUUCUUUUCGGAGGGUCGAUUGACAAUGCCACAUUGUAUGAGGCUACGGCGUUUGUCCAUCCCAUGGACCUUCACAGUCUCCCCGACCCAAAUUUUGGCUGCAUAAUUCCACCAGACUUGCAUUUUGCCAGUCCCAUGGUACAGCAGACCUUUGAUCCACAACCGCCUCAGACUCUCGAGGUGACCUAUAUCACCAGCACAAGCGACACUAUGCAGCCGUUGCCGCAGCAAUCGUACUCUGUCGACUUGCCCAAGAGGAAAGGGGACCGUGCGCUCGCUCGAUUACAUCGCUCCGCAGUAGACCCGGAUCGUCAUUGGGCAUGUGACAAAUGCAUUCAGAAGUUUUCUCGCAAGUCAGAUUUGACGAGACAUCUCAAACGGCACUCGGGCAUCAAGGACUACCCUUGCACGAAUCCGGCCUGCCCAUUGCCCCCAGCGGAGCGUGCCUUCUUCCGAGCUGAUGCUCGUCGACGGCACUGGAGUCGCAGCCCAGCUUGUGAGUCUGAGUUUUACAAGACGCCCGAAGGGGUAGCCUGGAUAAAGAAGAAUAGUAACAGGCGUGGUGUUCUCAUAUAUCAAGAAGAGCCCAACGACGACAACAGCGACGGUAGCGACUCACCCUACGCCGAAUGA